AUGCAGGAUAUCAGUGAUAAAGGGCUUCAAAUACGUGUUCUCGGAGUUCCACAAACUGGUGCAAAAUCUCGAGUAGAAACGCAAAUAAAAUUGUGCCUACAACUUGUAACUGAUAAAGGAGAAAAGGUUCCAUUAUGGUCACAUCUAAGAUUGCCUGAAUACAUGGUUGCCAAAGAAAAACUUAAGACAAAAAAUGCGAGGAAUCCGCAGGAUAGCGCCAUGAACAUUUCAGAAAAGGGUGUUUUAAAUUUAGAAGCUACGGUUGUAUGUGCGACUAAUCCAAAUGCUACUUCUAACGAUGAUUCAAAUAAACCGAUGGAUUUGGAUGAUGAAAAAACAAUGCAAUUGGAGCAACGCAAAAUUCUUUUGUUCAAUUGCAGUGAGAUUGUAGAUUUUAAUUAUGCUAAUACGAUUAUCGCGACAGGAAUGUCACCUCCUAUUAUGAUAACAGACGAUCACAAGUCAUCUAAAACUAAAGUAGGCGCUGGACGAAAACGUCCAAAGGCAGAAUAUGAUCGUCGUACAAAUGCGGUGGCUAGUAAUGCUGCAAAUUCUACAAAGAACAAAAUUAAUAGCGAAGUAUCAAGUGUAUCGUCAUUAUCGCCUACUCCAAGUGGUGAAUCACAUGUAACAUCGUCCGUAAUAUCACCGAACUCUAAAUCAUCUGAGGUACCAUCGUCUCCAUCAACCCUCGCCCGGAAUUCAGACUCUAUUUCGCCAAUAAAACAAGAAAAAACUAGCACAAACAGACAACAAUUACAAAUUCAGUCAUCACUGACAUUUCAAUCUCAAUCAUCACCUACUUCACCUUUAUCACCUGUGUCACCUGUUACCCCCAUCACAACUAGUGUACCAAACACGCCUAAUGUACUUAAUGCCCCUCGUACUUCAUUUCCAAACACUGAUCAAGUUGCAACUAUAGCUACAUCUAAUCCUCAAGCUGUAUAUCCUAUUUUAGCUAAUAAUAAUUCAUCAAAUGUUGUUUUAUCUAUGGCUCCUGCACAGAUAAACAGUGUAAGUGUAAAUUCGUUAUACCAACAACAACGAUUGCAUCCAAACAUCGGCGGUAUCGGUCAUUUUAAUGUUGUAAAUCCACAUCACAAUGGGGGAGAUGGGCUUACAUGUGUAUUUGGUGAAACACCUGCAAUUCCAACCCAAUAUUGGUCACCAAAUACACUUGUUUGUCUCUUGCCCCCUUCACCUACUCCUGGACCUGUUGUUGUGAGCUUUAAGGAAUUUCCUAUUAAUAUAACGGAUAAUUCUGAACAAGAAGUUGUUUUCUUCAAUUAUAAUGAUGAUUCGGAUCGUGCGCUUAUGGAAUUAGCACUUCAGGUUGUAGGAAUGAAAAUGACUGGAAAAUUAGAAGACGCGAGAAACAUUGCCAUGCGUAUUGUUGGAGGUACCGAUAACAAUCAAAGUUCGGUCAACAAUUCUAAUGGAGAUAUGAAUGGAAUGCAACAUCAUCUCUCCUCAUUCGCACGUCAGGCUUCAAGAACAGAUGAUUUUGAGAAACAUGUAAUAGCAACACUCUCCUUGAUGGAUACAUUUGAAACAGAAUAUGACAGUAUAUCCCUUCAAAAUCGUCAAAAUCACACCAUGCUGCAUAUAGCUGCUAUGCUGGGUUACAAACGUCUAUGUACGUAUCUCGUUGAAAAGGAUAUUGAUGUAGACAUGCAAGAUAAAUAUGGAUUUACUGAGGAUAUUGUGAGAUUACUUUUAACGGCUGGUUCCGAUGAUAUUAUACUUAAUUCCAACGAGAAAUAUGCAUAUGAUUUGGCUGCGUCUCGAAACUUCCAUAAUAUAGUUUCUCUGAUUGCCAAUUAUCGUGUUGAUUCGGGGGUGUCUUUAUCACCAACUUCAUCUGAAGAAUUUUCGUCUGAAAAUUCAGAUUAUGAUAGCUGGUAUAAUAGCGAGGAUGAUGAACUUAAUUUGGAUAAUAAUGCAGGAACCCAAAAUCCAGUUGAGCCAGAUCAUGAUAUGAGUAACGUUAGCAUUGACAAAGUAUCAUGCCAACAUGCAAAUGAUAACGUGACACCUAAUAUAUCUUGGGUUGACGCGGAAACGGCAAGUGGCCUAUUGCAUAAGUUGAAAAAAGAAGAUGGGAUCGUAGAUGCGGAGGUGGUUGAUGAAGGAAAAAAAGUUACUAAACACCCUUUGUGUGAAAUUGCCACAGACCUGGCUACGGCAUCAACUAUUUGGCUCCAAAGAACAUUUGCACAUAUGCAUAUGCCAAAUAUAGGCAAGCCGCCACAAAUUAAUAUUCAAUUGCCUAACAUUAAGAUGCCAAACCUUCAAAUGCCUAAUCUACAAAUGCCAAACCUUCAAAACUUCUCAUCUCCAAAAUUUUCCACAAUGACUUUCGGAACUAAUUUAUCCAUUCCACGACCUUCCAUACCAUCUAUGCCUUCAUUAUCAAUGAACAUUGAAUUUCCUACCUUACCGACCGUAACCUUUCCAACGAUGAUAAUGCCCACUGGAUUUUCAAAUCUUGUAAAGGAUGAAAAAGACAUGUCUUCUGGAGCUGAGAUGUGUGAUAUGAAAAUGGAAGGCAUACCACAAAACACCUGGGACCAUCACAAGAAGACAUUAUUUGGUCAAGGGGAACCACAGCAGCAAGCUGAUAUGCCAUCUAAAGAUAUUCCACAUGAUGAAACAGUCUUUACCCGAUUUGGUUACCCAUGGCCUUUUAAUGGUUCACAACCAAUAGUCCCAAUGUAUCCACAUCAACCAAAUGAAACACAUUCUUCCAGAUCUGUGAGCGUUUCACAUGCUAGCCGUCGAGUUGGUUAUGAUAUUCAAAACUUGAAUGAACAUCAACUUUCACGUGUAGAACAACAUACAGAAAA